AUGUAUAAGCACUUCUUCUCCCAUGUCGACGUGAAACCCGAGAACAUCAAUAUCCUCAACGGGAACGCACCUGACCUGGAAGUCGAAUGCCAUGACUACGAAGAGAAGAUCCAACGUGCUGGUGGCAUCGAGCUGUUCCUCGGCGGCAUCGGGCCAGAUGGACACAUUGCCUUCAACGAGCCUGGUUCCAGCCUCAAGUCUCGGACCCGCGUGAAGACUCUUGCAUACGAUACCAUUCUGGCCAACUCAAGGUUCUUCGGAAACAACCUCGAUCAGGUGCCGAAGAUGGCAUUGACCGUGGGCGUGCAGACUGUUCUUGAUGCGCGCGAAGUCGUGAUCAUCAUCACAGGCGCACACAAGGCCCUAGCUCUUCAGCGGUGCAUCGAAGGCGGCGUGAACCACAUGUGGACGCUGUCCAGUCUCCAGAUGCACCCGCACCCGAUGAUUGUCGUCGACGAAGACGCCACCCUAGAGCUGCAAGUCAAGACCGUCAAGUACUUCAAGAGCAUCGAGCGCGUAGGCUCCGAACUAGGCAUGCGCCAGAAGCUCCCCAGAAAGCGCGACUCGCUUGUCGACGAGGGGACCCUGCUAGCCCCUGACCAGCCAAACGGUAUCAGAUUGACUGUGCCGCAAGUUGAUCUCUCCCGUUCAGCAAGUCCCGUGCUGGAGCCAAUGAGCGCCCGUCUCUCCGACGACGAGGCAAGCGCUUUGCAAUUGCGUUCCAUGGAAUCGGAUUUGGACGAUGUCGCUGAUCAGCCCUCGGUCCGAAUGAGCGCUCGCGUCGCUAGCUAG